AUCACAGACAGUGUUUGUAGGAUGCCCUGGUUUGUUUAAAAACAUCAAAAAGAGAAAGAAAGAAAAAAACUGACAGGGAUUGUUGGCUGUGUUCCCUGUGAGCUGCCGCCGAGCCCUCUGUGUGCGCGAUUACCCGUGGGCGGUGGAAAGGACUCUCCCUAAUGCAGAUGGGAGUUACCAGGAAGUCCAGUGGCCAUCUUGGAUCUCAUUGAGCGCCUCGGUGCUGGGAUUAUAGUGCGUCCAUUCACUGGAGGAGACACGCUCGGAUAUCACUGCGCUCAUCCAGGCCACUAUGGCUGCCACUGAUGUAGAACGGGCUUCGAAUGAAGAGAAACGAAGCCUUGCGCUGAGUGGCCAUGUGGGAUUCGAUAGCCUUCCGGACCAGCUUGUUGGUAAAUCUGUCACACAAGGUUUCUGCUUCAACAUUCUCUGUGUGGGUGAAACUGGCAUUGGAAAGUCCACUCUAAUGAACACGUUGUUUAAUACAACAUUCGAGACGGAAGAGGCCAGUCAUUACGAGAACGGCGUUCGCUUGCGACCGCGUACAUAUGAGCUGCAAGAGAGCAACGUGCACCUAAAGCUGACAAUAGUCGAUACAGUUGGAUUUGGGGAUCAAAUCAACAAAGAUGACAGUUACAGGUCAGUUGUUGACUACAUUGAUACUCAGUUUGAAACUUAUUUGCAAGAAGAACUGAAGAUCCGCCGUUCCCUUUUCAACUACCACGACUCCAGGAUACACGUCUGCCUUUACUUCAUCACUCCAACUGGACAUUCGCUAAAGUCACUAGAUCUGGUCGCAAUGAAGAAGCUGGACAGUAAGGUAAAUAUCAUUCCCAUUAUAGCCAAAGCUGACACCAUUUCCAAGAGUGAACUCCACAAGUUCAAAAUCAAAAUCAUGAGUGAACUGGUCAGCAACGGAGUCCAGAUCUACCAGUUCCCUACAGACGACGAUGCAGUGGCAGAGAUCAACUCUGUAAUGAAUGCUCACCUGCCAUUCGCUGUAGUUGGGAGCACAGAGGAGGUGAAAGUAGGAAAUAAACUUGUGAGAGCCAGGCAGUACCCAUGGGGAGUAGUACAAGUUGAGAAUGAGAGCCACUGUGAUUUUGUGAAACUGAGGGAGAUGUUGAUUCGGGUUAACAUGGAAGACCUGAGAGAGCAGACUCACACCCGGCAUUAUGAGCUAUACAGGAGGUGCAAGCUGGAGGAGAUGGGCUUCAAGGACAAUGAUCCCGACACACAGCCAUUCAGCCUCCAAGAGACUUAUGAAGCCAAAAGGAAAGAGUUCUUAUCGGAGUUGCAGAAGAAGGAGGAGGAAAUGCGGCAGAUGUUUGUAAAUAAGGUCAAGGAAACGGAAUCAGAAUUAAAAGAGAGAGAACGAGAGCUGCAGGAAAAGUUCAUGCAGCUGAAGAGGAUACACCAAGAAGAGUCGAAGAAGGUGGAAGACAAAAGGAGGGACUUAGAGGAAGAAAUGAAUGCCUUUAACAGACGGAAAGUCGCCAUGGAAACUCUCCAGUCCCAGUCUUUCCAGGCCACCUCUCAGCAACCUCUGAAGAAAGACAAAGAUCGGAAAAAGAUGUUCUACUAAGCAUGGGGGUCUCUUGACAGAAGAGAAAUCUAAAUCAUUCACUGCAUGUGGCUUUAUCAGGACAGAGGGACCGGUUGUAACAUUUGCAAAAUUUGAGAUGGUUGGAUGACCAGGAACCACCUUUUGUAGGUCACGGUGUUCUGCAUGCAAAUAAGAAUUGUGAAUACUCUAACACCUUGCAUGUAUACAUCCCAUCACUUCCUUAAAGAGAGGUAGCGAGUUGAAAAACGCAUCAUGCUAUGGGUUGUACUAAAAAUAAAAAAUACAACCAUACAUCAGGUGGAUAAAUGUGCACACAGUAAUGCAUAAUCUGACCCCAACAACAUACAUACCAGCCAUAGCAACAAUUGUAAACUACAAUUCCCAACAUUCUCAGCACCACCACUGAUUGCCCACAGAUUUCAUCCCCUGCUGAAUUGUGCUUAGUACAGAGGGGAUACAUAUGAUGGUAAAUCUUUGUUUUGCUAUACACCGGCUAUAAGCAAACAUAAUGGGGUUCUGCUUUGACUAGAUUAGGGCCGUUGGGGAACAUAAGGAAAGUUUUGGAAAGAAUGAAUAGGACAAUGGAGUUAUGCAUGACUGAAAAACUACAGGCUCACAGCAAGAGAGUCAGUAACCUCUUUAUAAAAGAAAAAAGCUAAAGGAAGAGGGAAAUAAUUGUACUAUUAAGCUCUUAAUAUUUAUACUUGGCAAAUGCAGAUGACAUUUAUAUCUGUAGUGGCAUUUUAAGGGAACCUACUAUCCAAGUUAGAUACACAUUAGACCUCUUAGACCUGUGACAAAGAGGAAGAAUAUGGCUGAUUUCACACGGGAACUUGGGAACACUGGAUUUUGACCUGCAGAAAAGCACAGGCCUUGAAACUGAUAACUUUUAUUCCUUGCCUGCACUCAGAACAAUUACAUUGGCUCAGGUGCAGCACACGGGAGGAUUUUGGUGCAGAAAUGCUUGAGUUUGCAUUUUAGAAACAAAAUCCAGUGUGUGUUCCAGCUGUUAGCCAUAUUUUUCAGACCUGAGCAUAGUUAUGAUCAACCUUCCCAUUAUACCAUAUCCUUCCAAAUGAAGUGUUUGCUUAUAUCAGAUGCAUAAAAAAUGUGGUAUUUCUUUAUCCAAGUUCUUUUUUUUUUUUUUUGUACAUUCAAUGAACAAUUUAGGAUUUCUUUUAGUCUCUCUCUCCUUUCACUUCCAUCUCUUUUGGCACCAAUCAUGACAUCUGCAAACCCCCCUUGCCUUUGUAUUUAUUAAGAAAUAUAACGUAAGGAAUAUAUACAUAUUUUAUAGUGGAGAUAAGGAGGAUUUAGACUAAAUCUUUGGAUCAAUAGUCAUUGGCAACAUUUUCUAAGCACAGUCCGAAACACCCUUCAUAGCAACUAUGCAACUUAAAUAAUACAUCAAUAUACAUCAAUAAUAAUGCAAAAAUCUGUUCAUUAUUCUUGACGUACCUUUUUGUUGCAGCCUUUAUUAUUUUUCACUUAUAACUGACAAUUCUGUAAAUAGUUGUUUGUGAUGCCUUGUAGCUGAUUGGUGCACUGACACCUCAUGAUUAAUUUAAGAAAUUCUACUUUUCUUUUUCUCAAGGCUAAGAGUCAACAAUUUUACACAACAAUUUCACUAUGAUAGGAGCCCUUUUUCUCUGGGUAGGAGCCAACAAUUUUACACAACAAUUUUACUAUGAUAGGUGGCGUUUUUCUCUUGCUAGGAGCCAACAAUUUUACUAUGAUAGGUCCCCUUUUUCUCUCGCUAGGAGCCAACAAUAUUACACAACAAUUUCACUAUGAUUGGUGGCUUUUUUCUCUCGCUAGGAGCCAACAAUUUCACUAUGUUAGGUGCCCUUUUUCUCUCGCUAGGAGCCAACAAUUUUACUGUGAUAGGUGCCCUUUAAAGGGGUUGUUCAUCUUCCAAAAACUUUUUUCAGUUCAGAUUGUUCCCCAGAAAUAAAGACUUUUCU